ACCUUUCUGAGGUCAGACUCGAGUCAGUCAUGUCGAGAUUGUACUUCUUUCGAGAGUUAGGGGUUCUCGAACGGAUUUUGCAAGACUCGCCAUAAACCAGAAAAUAUAGGUCGGUUUUCAUUGACGGACCCACUCUAUUGAAGUUAAAAGUCUGCUCUUUCUUUUAAUAACAUCCAUUUGGAUGAGUAAAGAAUGAAACACCCGCUAAAUUGACAGAGAAGUUGGGGAGAAAAAGUAAGAGGAAGUGCACUUCCUUGGAACGGCUGGUGUCCAUGGCAGAGGGUACAGCCAAAAUACGAGAGCUCGCUGGAUGGACGUUGCAGGAAAUACAGCUUCUUAUCAAAGACAAGGAGUGUCCUGGUCAUUGGCACAGCAACUCUAAAGCUACCUUUGCCUUGGUUGAGGUGAUACGUGAUGCUAUUGAGUCAUCGAACACCAGCUACAGACAAACAUUUCCACUGAUCUUUGACUGUCUUGGUCUGAAGCAACCAUCAAUCCUGACAGGGGUACUUGCAAAGGUAAAACGGUAUGUUGCUAAAGCUGACAAGACUGGAGACUAUCUUCCGCUAUGUCAAGAAAUACCAGAACUGUCUACAACCCUCAUCAAAGUUAUUGGUCCAGCAUGUGCAGCACAUGGAAUAACACCAGAGUGGUUGGGAAAUGCCGAUACUUGUUCCAGAACUUUGACCAACCAUGUGGUGAUUGAACUUCACCAUUUCCGUGCUAGAAAUGGCAUAACCUGGAAAACUGUGCAUGAUAUGUGGUGGACAAAACUGUUUCCCAACACUGUGACUCCACCCAGAGGCACAAUACAAACAAAUUGGGAAAGCUUGGCUGCUAAAAAGAAAAGAGUAUCACGCGACUUGGACAAAGAUAAAAGAGAAAGCUUCUUAAUUGCAAACUACGAGCUUCCACAACCACGUGCACCAACAGACGUAAAUGAUUACAACGAUUAUGAAUUGGAUGACCAUGAAGAGCAGGUUUCCCAAAAUGAAGACAGUGGGUACAACACAAUGACGGACAGAUGUAUCGUCAAUAAGAAAUUUGUGCAGCUGAUGCAAGAAUGGCGAGAACAGACUUUGCCAAAAGUAACUGCAAACUGGGAAAGUCUGAGCGAUGAAACAAAGGCAAACAUGACUACAAUAAAUGAUUUGUAUUGUGGUAAGCAUUUAGUGUUAAAUAUGCAAGACUAUGCUGGGGCUGCCCUAAAAGAAUGGGAACAGGUCGAGUCUACAACUGGCAAACUUGGCCGUGAAAAGCAUUUGCCAUGGAGUCGUAAGGAGUCAGCCACCUUCCUUGCUAUUAGGACAGUUUGUGAGGCAUUUGGCCCUGAUGCAAGCGCCCAAGCAGGAUCGCCUAAAGAGUUCAUCGAUCAUCUGGAACAAAUAUGAGAGAGGAGUCGUUUGAAAGCUUAUCGCGGAAAUAGAUUUAAUAUUCCUUUUGAGAAUGGGGCUGCGGUGUAUUAUCAUCACCACCAUGGCCACAUCAAAGGAACAUACCAAUCUCUACCUAUCCACCGACAAAACAAUCAACUCUCUCGGUCAGUAAUGUAUGAUCUGCAAGACCCCAUCAUUAUUGGCGGUAUCAGAGCCAUGGGCAUCAUAAACACUCACAUAACUCGACCAAUCAUGCGGAUGCUGGACAAGGAACACAUUUCUGUGAUACAAACAAGUGCCUACUACACAGAUCUUCAUAAGUCAAUAAGUCAAUGGAUAGUGGAUCCGCAGCCACUGUUGGACAACAGUGCUGUCAUGCUCGCGGAUUUUGUCCCUGAAAGAGACGAGGUACAUAAAGCGCUGUAUGAGCCUGUGGAGGAGGAGUUAGAAUUUAAUACGAGACAAGCUCUAUCAAUUAUUCUUCACAACGUGUAUGUCUGCAUUGUUAGACAACUAAAAGAUCAUUUGCCAGGUGGAAAAUUCCACAAACCAGAAGAUCACAUUCAUCAGGAGACAAAGUCCUGUCCUAAGGACAAUGUCUCUGCUGAAAGGGUGUUUGCCGGGCUCGACUACCUAAAAAGGAAAAGUCCAAACAUUUCAGCACUUGCAAUGCAGGGGAUAAUUAUGUGGACACAAAACAAAACAUUGGAUUUCCUGGACGCCUGUACAGAUAGCGAAAAGGAGGCUAUAAUCUACAAAGCUGCGAAAAAUCGGAAAAAAAUUCAAAAGCAGUAUCAGGAAAAGGUGCACUCUGAAGAUGUUUUUUCAUGCAUGAAUUGCAGUUAGCUGUUGUUAAAUAACACUCUUCAAGAUCACCAGGUUCUAGGGAUCUACAUGUUAUUCUUGCCUUGUCCCCUGACCAAAAUAUCCCUAACAUCAGUUAAACCUUAAAUUUUCUAAAUUUGGCUGCUUUUGUGCAGGAC